UAUGAUAUGAUUAGUGGUCACCAAACAGGAAUUUUAGAAUUUUCCUCAAUUUUUGUGCGUAUUAGUCCAUGAAUUUUUAAACAUAUUACUUUCUGGCUCUGUUUGAUCCAAUUUUUUAUUUUUGGAUCAUCGGUAAUGACCUGAUCAUGAACCGUACUCAUAGUCUCUAGUCUCUACAUGAUUUACGCCACUUUUUAUAGUAUUUAGGGGUCACAAAACAUUAAUUUAUGAUUUUCUCAAUUUUUUGUGUGUAUUAAUUUAUGAAUAUCUAAAAAUAUUAACUCUUUUAUGCUGAUUUCUUUUAGGAUCAUCCGUAAUGAUCUAGUGAACCAAUACUCUAGCUUCUACAUCACCCACACCAUUUUUCAUAGCAUUUAGAGGUCCAUAAAAUAUGAAUUCAGAAUUUUCUUAGUUUUUCAUGUGUUAGUCCCAUGAACUUUUUAAAAUAUUUACCGACGGACUUUUUUUGUCAAUAUUUUUUAGAAUCAUUUGUAAUGAUCUAGUGAACCAUAUCCAUCACCACUAGAGGAUCUACGCCGCCCUUUUUAUUAUUUAGGGAUUAUGAAAUAGAAAUUCAGCAUUUUCUUAGUUUUUAUGUGUGUUACGCUCCCAUGAUUUUUCAUUUUUGUCUCACUUUUCUCAAAAUGUCUUAGCUUAAAUCAUUUGUCUUGGCACUAUUUUACCUGAAAUUGGUAAACUUACUAAUGAAGAGUCAACGUUUAAAGGUUUGCAUCAAUUUGUUUUAUUAGAAUUUAGAGGAAUAUAAGAAAUAACAUAACUUCAUGAGGAAGAUUGGAAGAUUCUUUUCCAUUUGUGAAAUGCAAACUUUGUUGCUCAUUUUUCUCUUUUCCUUCACAACUUUAUAAAGGUUUUUUCAAUAACAAAGAGGGAGUUGCUCAGAUGGUAAGCAUCCUCCACAUUCAUUCUCGAGAUUUCUGGUUCGAAUCGUCAAGGGAGCAAGGUGAAAGCUCCCCCUUUUUUGCUCUGUUGGUGACUCGAGCCUAUGAUUUUGAGGUUGGAGGUGAAAGAUCUCCCUUUUUGUUUUGUUGGUGACUCGGACGUAUAAUUUUAAGGCUAGAGGUGAAAGAUCAUUACCAUCUGAGCUACCUCUUUUGUCAGCUCCGAAGAAACCUUUAUGGAGUUGCGAUGGAAAAGAGCAAAAAAAAAAAAAGAAAGAAAAAAAAAGGGCAUUUUCCAAAAGGAAAAAACAUUCCCAUGAAGUCUUUUCUGGUAAUUAGUUCAAGUUUUAUAUUCCACUUAAACCAAAUUAGGUUAAAUUUCAAAUUCGAUUUGACUAAAUACAAUUGUACAAGUGCAAUAUAUGGAUAUAGUAUGCAAACAUUCCAUUUAGAAUAAUCCGUAAUAAUCUAGUGAAUCAUAAACCAAAGUUUCCAGAGGAAUCAUGCCACUUUCUUUUAGCAUUUAGAAUCACGAAAUAAAAUUUUAAGAUUUUCUCAAUUUUUUAUAUGUGUUAAUUCAUAAAUUUUUGAAAAUAUCAUUAACCGGCUCUGUUUGACCCAAGUUUGUUUUGGAUCAUUUGUAUGACCUAGUAAUCAAGAACUUCUACAUGAUCCGUGUCAUCUUUUAUAGCAUUUAGGAAUCACAAAACAGAAAAUUUCGAAUUUUCUUAGUUUUUCGUGUAUAUUAUUAGUCUGUGAAUCUUUGAAAUAUUAUUGACCGGCUCUUUUUGUUGAAAAAGGCAAGCACAAAAUAAGUAUGCACGAUAGGGUUAUAGCGGAAGAAAAUCCAAGUCAAAACUUUCCCUUCUAUUUGAACCAAGAGAAGAUAAAAUAAUGGAAGAAUAAAAUUAUUUGGGCAGCAAACAAAUCACCAAGCAAGAAAACUAAAUCAACACAAGAGACACCAAAUUUAACGUGGACAACCUCUUCGGUUUGAAGAGUAAAAAUCACAAGGCCAAAGCUUCACUAAAAUAAACAAGAGAUUCAAAAGUGUCUCUAAAAUGGUCACCGACAAAGUGCAAAACAAUGAGCAACACAACUACAAGAUAGCACCAAAAGCUAGAGAAAUAAAAGGAAUAAAAAAAAAAUCGCAGCUACUAUUCACGAGCAAAAAUUUGAAGCUACAGGACUCCAAAUCACCCUCUCCCAGUUCCCAAUCAAAGAUUAAGUUGAAAGAAACAAGUUGUCCAAAAAUCAGCUCAAUCGGAUAAAAACAUGAAGCAGAAAUCACAAUUUAGGCUCAUAGGGCUUGUGCGAAAAUUUGCUCUUUCUCACUUUUCUCUCUAUAUGGUUGCUCUCAAAACUCUUCUGAUUCUUUUCAAAAUAAGACCUAAAAGAAAGUCUUACAUAUGCACCAUAAUAUUGAGCUUAUGGGCCAACGUGGCUAGUCAAAUCUGUGGUAAAUUUAUCCACAAAGUAAAGGAAAGAAGAUUCAAAACCUUAAAUUUUUAUUUAUCCACAUAAAAAGAGAAAAAGGCCUCAAACCCAACACUUUUUGGUGCAAAUACUACCAAAACCAUAUAUAAUAACUUGGCGAAUCAUACUCAUAGCCUCUACAGGAUCCAAGCCACUUGUUUUAGCAAUUAGGGGUCACGAAACAGGAUUUCUAGAUUUUUUUUCAAUUUUUUAUGAAUAUUAGUCUAUAAAUUUUUUAACAUAUCACUAGUUGGCACUGUUUGAUCCAAUUUUUUUAGAAUAACCCGUAAUGACUUAAUGAACUAGACUCAUAGCCUCUACAUGAUCUAUGCUACUUUUUAUAGUAUUUUGGGGUAAUAAAAUAGGAAUUCAUGAUUUACUCAGUUUUUUGUGUGUAUUAAUUUAUAAAUAUUUAAUAAUAUUAUUGAUAGACUCUUUUAUGCCGAUCUUUUUUAGGAUCAUCUCUAAUGAUCUGGUGAACCAUACUCAUAGCUUCUACAUGAUCCACACCAUUUUUUAAAGCAUUUAGAGGUCCAUAAAAUAUGAAUUUUGAAUUGUCUUAGUUUUUCAUGUGUUAAUCCAUUAACUUUAUGAAAAUAUUACCGACGGACUCUAUUUUGUCAAUAUUUUUUUUAGAAUUAUCUGUAAUGAUAUAGUGAACUAUAUAUAUCCAUCACCUCUAGAGGAUUUAUGAUGCCCUUUAUAUUAUUUAGGAAUUAUGAAAUAUCAAUUCAGAAUUUUCUUAGUUUUCAUGUGUGUUACACUCCCAUGAUUUUCCAUUUUUGUCUCACUUUUCUCAAAUAUUUUCUUAGCUUAUUAUUCACAUCAAUUUUAUGUUAUCAGAGGAAUAUAAAUAAAUAACAUAACCUCACGAGGAAGAUUUUUUUCCAUUUCUGAAAUGCAAACUUUGUUGCUUAUUUUCUCUUUUAUUAAUAACAAAGAGGGAGUUGCUCAAAUAGUAAGCAUCCUCCAUAUUCUUUCUUCAGUUCUUUGGCUCGAACGGUCAAGGGAGCAAGGUGAAAGCUCCCCCUUUUUGCUCUGUCGAUGACUCGAGCCUAUACUUUUGAGGUUGGAGGUGAAAGAUUAUUACCAUCCGAGCUACCUCUUUUGUCAGCUCCGAAGAAACCUUUAUGGAGUUGUGAAGGAAAAGAGCAAAAAGUUGGGCAUUUUCUAAAGGGAAAAAGUAUUCCUGAAGUCUUCUCUAGUGUAACUAGUUCAAGUUUUAUAUUGCACUUGAACCAAAUCUAGUUUAAUUUCAAAUUUGUCUAGACUCAACACAAUUUAUAUACAAAAUAUGAAUUCUAAAUUUUAUUAAUUUUUCACAUGUAUUAGUUCAUAAAUUUUUUAACAUAUGACUGGUUGGCUCUAUUUGAUCCCCAAUUUAGUUCAUGAAUUUUUUAACAUAUGACUGGUUGGCUCUAUUUGAUCCCCAAUUCUUUAGUAUCACUCGUAAUGACAUGAUGAACCAUACUCAUAGCUUCAACAUGAUCCACACUAUUUUUUACAACAGGCCUUAGGGGUCACAAAACAAGAAUUCAAGAUUUACUUAGUUUUUCGUGAGCAUUAAUUAGUUCAUAAAUUUUGAAAAUAUUACUGGUCGGCUUUUUUUGACGGAUUUUUUUUAAAGAUCAUCCUGUAAUGAUCUGGUGAACCAUAUUCGUUAGCUUCUAUAUGAUUCACACCAUUUUUUUUUAUAGCAUUUGGAUGUGUAUGUAACAGUCCAUAAACUUCUAAAAAUAUUACUGACCGGCUUAAAUUGAUCAAUAUUUUCUUAAAAUCAUUCGUAAUGACCUAGUGAGCCAUAUUCAUUGCCUAGAGGAUCCACGCCACCCUUUCUAGUAUUGAAGGAUUAUAUAAAAUUAAAAUUCAUAAUUUUCUUAAUUUUCGCGUGUGUUACUCCAUAAUUUUCCAUUUGUGUCUGACUUUUUUUUUUUUUUUGAAUUUGUUAGUCUUAGCAUAAAUCAUCUGUCUCAUACCAUUUCAUCUGAAAUUGGUAAACUCACUAAUAUUAUCUAUCUUGUUUUGUCCAUCACUUAUAUUUCAGGCACAAUCUCUGAGCAAAAAAUCAGCAUUUUCCAGAAGGAAUUAAAUGUUGGGUAAUGUAAACAUGCUGAAUAUAUAUUACAAAUGCUGAAUCAUGGAGUUAAACAUUGUUGAUUCAAAAAACUUUAGGAUCAUCUAGUGAAUCAUAUUCACAACCUCUAGAGGAUUCUAUGUUAUUUUAUUUCAAGUAUUUAGGGGGUUACGAAACAAGAAUUCAGGAUUUUCUUAGUUUUCGUACGUGUUAGUUCAUAAAUUUUUAAAAAUAUUACUUAUAGACUUUGUUUCGCCCAUUUUUUUUAGAAUCAUUUCAUAGUGACCUGGUGAAUCAUACCCGCCACCUCUAGAGUAUCCAUGCCAAAAUUAUGAAAUAAGAAUUCAAAAUUUUCUUGGUUCUAUUCCAACUUCAUUAGGAAAUUUGAACAACUUGACCUAUUUGUAUUUUUAUAAUCGCCUUUCUGGCUCCAUUUCCGAAGAAAUAGGGGAACUCGACAAUCUUAUCAAGGUAAGGGUAAAAUCUGCACACACACUACCCUUCCCAAACGUCAUUUGUAGAAUUACAUGGAAUAUGUUGGUGUGGACAUCUUAGUUUUUAGUACUAGUACAACACUUAACCAGGGAAGUGGAUCACAUUUAUCAACCAAAAAACACGACAGAAGACAAGUCAUUGACUCAUUGAAUUGUACUACAAUUUCAACAUCUUCAUUACAACUUAGGCCAAUUUAAGAGUCAUUGACUCCAAAGUCUACUCUUGUGUUUCACAAGCUGAGAAAAUGAAGACUCAUUGACUAGCCAGACCUGCUACACUAUUUAAAAAAAAAUACAAGUUCUUGAUCAAAAACCAAAAUAAUCAACUGAAAAUCAAUAAUGAUGGUUACCAAAAUAUUUCCUCUACUUCAUUUUUUCACUCUAUAUCUCUUCACAAUUACUUUUGCUUCUAUUGAGGAAGCAACUUCUCUCCUAAAAUGGAAAUCAACUUUGCAUUAUAAGAAUGAUUCAUUAUUGGCUUCAUGGACACAAAAUUCUAGUGAAUGCAGGGAUUGGAAUGGAGUUAAAUGUUCUAAUGGAAGGGUAAACAGUUUGGAUAUUACAAAUGCAAGUGUUAUUGACACACUCUAUGAUUUUCCUUUUUCGACUCUCAUUUUUCUUGAAUAUGUUAAUCUUAGUAUAAAUCAUUUCUCUGGAAUCAUUCCACUUGAAAUUGGUAAACUCACUAAUCUUGUCCGUCUUGAUUUGUCCAACAAUUAUAUUUCAGGCACAAUCCCACCACAAAUCGAUUCACUAACCAAGCUUGGGACCUUCCACAUCUCUAUGAACCAGUUGAAUGGUUCGAUUCCAAAAGAAAUAGGUUACCUAAGGUCUCUAACUCGGCUAGCUUUAAAUACUAACCUUCUUGAAGGUUCUAUCCCUACUUCAUUAGGGAAUUUGAACAACUUGACCUAUUUGUGUCUUUAUGGAAAUCGCCUUUCUGGCUCCAUUCCUGUAGAAAUAGGGAAACUCGUCAAUCUUAUUGAAACUUAUCUUGGUUCAAAUCAGUUAGCAGGUCAUAUUCCUCCAGAAAUAGGUAACUUGAUCAAUGUAAGAGUGUUCUCUGCUUCCUCCAACGAAAUUUCUGGUCCCAUUCCUGUAGAAAUAGCAAAGAUGCAAACACUUGAGCUAUUGGACCUAUCAGACAACUUGCUUGAAGGAGAGAUACCAGAACAACUCGUUUCUCUUUCAAAUCUUGUUUGGUUGGAUCUCUCCUACAAUCGUCUCACAGGAUGCAUACCUCAAGGACGUCAAUUUUCAACCUUUGGGGAAAAUUCAUAUGCAUUCCAAAGUAAUAUUGGAUUACAUGGAUACCCAGUUACGAGACGUUGUCAUAAUAAAGGGGUAGAAGAAGGAAAUGAUACAUCAUCAUUGCUAGAUCAAGAAAUCAAUUCUCAAUUCCUCAUUGAAUGGAAGGCGGUUCUUUUGGGCUAUGGAUGUGGACUAUGUGUUGGAUUUUCUAUUGGAUAUUUCAUGAUUUCUACUGGAAAUCCAAAAUGGCUUUCAAAUUUCAUUGAAGAAUAUGAACACACAAUUACUACGCAAAGGAGAAAAAAGCAACAAGGUCAAAGGGAUAACAGAAGAAGAAAUAAUCAACAAAGUCAAAGGGACAACAACAGAAGAAAUAAUCACACUUCUAAGAAGUACUUAAAAUCAGGUCUUUCAAUUUAAGUUCUAUAUUGAUCUUUAGUUUAUUGUAACUAUUGAGGGUUUAUCAGAAACAACCAAUCUAUCUCUACUAGGUAGGAAUAAGGUCGUACACUUUACCUUCAGACUCAGCUCAUGAGAUUAUAUUGAGUAUGUUGUUAUUGACAUCUUAGAUUUCAUACAAGUACAAUACAUAACAAGUUUAGUGUUUUAACAGUUAUCAACCAACAAAACAGAAAGACAAAAUAUGGCUAAAGAAAAGGCUACAAUUGUUGUAGCCAUUUCAUAUUUUUA